GUCUGGUUUUCUCCUUCGUCAUAUUUACCAUGUAACAUAUUUUUUUCUUUAGCCGGGCUUUUGCGAUAGUCAACAUGCCUGCCAAUCCACAACACCAGUAUAGCUUAAUCCCUAAGGAAGCAGCAUCGCAAGAUGGCGAUGAUAACAGGAAUAGCAUCGAGAACUCGAGUUCAAUAUAUGAUAGUCCUCUGGUUCGGAAAUCAUCAGCCCUGGGGAAGCGCACCACGCUAGUCGUCAUUCAGAUCGGUAUUCUGGUGGUCUAUACAGUUCUUUUGGUCGUGGUCGGGAUCUUUUUUUUUCCGGGAGUGUUUCACAACUUACGCAACCCGUAUAACUUGAAAUAUAAUGCCAUUCAGGAUGCAUACCGCUACCAGGUUCGAGAGGUGGAUUACAAUUUCAACAGCACAAACCCUUUCAAGGGCGCACCCAUUGCCGAUAUUGAAGAAGAAUGGACACGCUUAAUGAAUGGAGCACACACAUUGCGGGUACAAGAAGCUGAUAUGAAAAAAAUGAACAUGUCAUCUAUUCAGAUGUCUGAUGGUUCCGGGGACUACCUCGCCGUGCCUAUUAGCUACCACAUGCUUCACUGCCUAUAUAAUAUCUAUCGCUACAACCACCCAGAGUUCUAUGGUGAAGACAAAGGCGGGCCGGACUGGAUAGUGAAGCACACAGACCACUGUAUUGACAACCUACGACACUUUGUGCAAUGCCAUGUUGGCACUGGCUUUGAGACCUGGAAAUGGCUGGAAACGCGCAAGCUACCUUGGCCUGUAGUCAGCACAGAAGAAAUAUGUGUCGACUGGACAUACUUUGAUUCCAGGGUUCGUGCCCAGAGCAUCCCUGCCGUGGACAUGAAGACAAUGCGAAAUGGGAAACUAGUUAGCCAUCCUAAGUACGGACCGGUCUAUGAGGAGGAUUACUAUAAUCAUACACUGGCUGCAUGAUAACUCCAAAUAUGAUUACUCAAUAGACAAUAUCUCAUGUUGAUAGA